AAGUUGUGGAAGAGAAAACGCAGGGUGUGCUCAAAAGGUUCUAAAGCAUCAGUUCUCUGUUGGGACCAAGGUUGCUGGGACAGAGCUCACUCCUCGUUGCUAAAAGAUAAACUGAGGCUAUUAAAAAUUGAAGAGUGUCUUUGAGCAAACGUGGACUGGAAUCAGCAGCACCAAACCGAAAGUGGUCGGGAGCGCUGAGCCGACAAGAGCCGGAAGGGGCCUCUAUAGAGAAGACGCAGAAGCAAAGCAAGGAAACUGAAACUGACCGGCUGCAACUCCAGCAGUCGCCUUAUCGGGAAAGCCUCGCUGGAGUCUGCUUCAGGUACCAAGGCAUUACAGGCAGCCCAGUCUAACGGCCUCCUUGUUGAAUUACUUUAACACUGUCAACUGGCAAAACCAUCCAGGACCCACAACGGGGCCAGAGUCCGCCGACGCUGGUCCUGAGCUUCCCGGUCCCGCGGCCGAGGGGAACCUGGUGCGCUGGCUGCGUGGUGGACGGCGUCCGCUGCGGGAGGCUGACCCCUCUCUCCACGAAGCGGGGCCCGGACCCUCCCGGCUGUAGAGAGAAGACUCGUGGACGCACCAGCCCAGGGCUCGGCGCCCACGUGGCGCUGGUGAGGACGGAACUGCAGCCACACCCGCCCCGACCGGACGACCCCUGCAGCACCGCAGUCGGGGCACCGGCCGGCCGCAGACCCCGAGCCUCUGCGCCCCGGCCACACGCGCCAGACGGAAGGACACCAGCCUGUCCCCGGCGUCGCAGGUGCUCAUCAGAGGCGAGACAUCUCGGCCAGGCCCCCAGCUCCGCGACUGCUCCUCCAGGCCGGCCCUAACCGCGCUCCGCGAGCACCAGGCCCCGCUGCCCCGCCCCGCCUCCGGCGCACGGCUCACACCCCCGGAAGUCCCUGCACACCGCUGCAGAUGGACGGGGAGGCGGCCACGGUCACACAUGACGACCACCACCAGGCCCUUGGCGGGUCCCAGGGCACAGCAACGAACCACGCCUUCGGGGGCACCGGCACCCGCUGCAGCGGAGCAGCGACGACGCAGGACAGAAACGCGAAACCCAGCCGUAGGCGGGGCGCGGCGGGUUCUUGGGGAGGACGCACCGGAAGCUCCCGCGGAGCUACCAGAACUACGGCGUCUGCGAGGCCGGGGCGCGUUCCACAGGCUCCUCUGAUUUCCAUCUUCCUCAGAGACCCCAGGGGACCAGGCGAUGGCAGCAGCCAGGCUCCUGCCGCCACUGGCAGGACCCCAGACAACCUCAAAUGUGACCACAUGACAGCUUGUAUGCGACAAGACAAUUCAUCCUGUCCAUGGGAAUGUGAAAACAAGGGAGAGAACCAAAAUAGAGACUUGAGUCUGAAGCCAUUCAUUUCAGAGGAAAUAGUGAUUCUGGGGAAAACACCCAAGAUGUGGAUUGAUCAAGGAAAUUAUAAAUCUGAGCAGAGCUUCUGUCGGAGCCCGAGCCCUGUUGGCCCCACCGAAGUUCAGGUCUUGAGCCAGAGGGUGCUUCCCACUCAGCACCAGGCCGUCCCUAGCGGGGAGAGACCUUACAGGUGCAUCGAGUGUGGGAAAUGCUUUGGUCGGAGCUCCCAUCUCCUCCAGCAUCAGAGAACCCACACUGGAGAGAAGCCCUAUGUGUGUGGGGUGUGUGGGAAGGCCUUCAGCCAGAGCUCAGUCCUGAGUAAACACAGGAGAAUCCACACGGGCGAGAAGCCCUAUGAGUGUAAUGAGUGCGGAAAGGCCUUUCGAGUGAGCUCGGAUCUUGCUCAGCAUCAUAAAAUACACACGGGAGAGAAGCCGCACGAAUGUCACGAAUGCCGGAAAGCCUUCACUCAGCUCUCGCAUCUCAUUCAGCACCAGCGGAUCCACACUGGAGAGAGGCCGUACGUGUGCCCGCUGUGCGGGAAGGCAUUCAACCACAGCACCGUCCUGCGGAGCCACCAGCGCGUGCACACCGGGGAGAAGCCGCACGAGUGCGGGCAGUGCGGCCGGGCCUUCAGCGUGAAGAGGACGCUGCUCCAGCACCAGCGGGUGCACACCGGCGAGAAGCCCUACACGUGCAGCGAGUGCGGGCGCGCCUUCAGCGACCGCUCCGUGCUCAUCCAGCACCAUAACGUGCACUCCGGGGAGAAGCCCUACGAGUGCGGCGAGUGCGGCAAGGCCUUCAGCCACCGCUCCACCUUGAUGAACCACGAGCGCAUCCACACUGAGGAGAAGCCCUACGGGUGCUACGCGUGCGGGAAGGCCUUCGUGCAGCACUCACACCUGAUCCAGCACCAGCGGGUGCACACUGGGGAGAAGCCCUACGUGUGCGGCGAGUGCGGGCACGCCUUCAGCGCCCGCCGGUCUCUGGUCCAGCACGAGCGGAUCCACACCGGCGAGAGGCCCUUCCGCUGCACGCAGUGCAGCAAGGCGUUCAGCCUGAAAGCCACGCUGAUCGUGCACCUGAGGACGCACACGGGCGAGAGGCCGUACGAGUGCAGCCGCUGCGGGAAGGCCUUCAGCCAGUACUCCGUGCUCAUUCAGCACCAGAGGAUCCACACGGGCGAGCGGCCCUACGAGUGCGGGGAGUGCGGGCGCGCCUUCAACCAGCAUGGGCACCUGAUCCAGCACCAGAAGGUGCACAGGAAGCUGUGACCUCGGCUGCCGCGAGGAGACACAGACUCCUGCACGCAGACCAGGAAGCCUGCAGCCCAGGAAGAGCUUCUGUUAACUCUACAGAAGCCCAUCUUUGGUAAUUCAGUGUCACAAAGUAACUCCAGAGAGAAGCAGUCAGCAUGUUGUUCCUGUGGAAAAACUUCAGAGGAUGCCUGUUUUGUUUUUCUCAACAUCUUGAAGUUAUGUUGGAGAGGAAUCACACAACUCUGAAUUUUGUAAAGACAGCCAUAAUUCUUUAUUUAACAUUAGACAGUUUAUUUGAAGUGAGAAACUAAAGGAAGUUAAGGCAUAAGGAUUACUGUCACAAUAAAACUUUCUUACAUUCCAAAUAAAAUUUUUUUCUUAGAAUGUUA